AUGGCAUUUAGUCUGUAUUCAAGCUCCAUUACAUUUCCGGUAGAGAAUUCUAGGGUUCCAGCUCGAGUUAUUUCUCGCUUAACUGAUGAUUCGGCUAAACCUUCGGUUCGCAUUCCGUCAGAUUCACCGACGAAAGCUCGAUUCGUGGCGCGGCGGAGGGAGACGGUCACCGUGCAGCAGCUCCAGCGACCUCUGAGCGAGUAUAUGAGCUUGCCGGCGAGUCAGUACUCAGUGUUGGAUGCGGAGAGGAUAGAGAGAGUAGAUGAUAACACCUUCAGGUGUUAUGUGUACAGAUUCAAGUUCUUUUCCUUUGAAGUUUGCCCUGUUCUGUUGGUCAGGGUCGAGGAGCAGCCUAAUGGCUGUUGUAUCAAGCUCUUGUCUUGCAAGCUUGAGGGUUCGCCGAUUGUGGUAGCACAAAAUGACAAAUUUGAUGCUUCUAUGGAGAAUAAAAUUACCUGUGAUUCCACAAAAGGCAACUCCCAAGUGCAGGAACUAGCAUCAGAUGCAGUUAUCGAGGUGAGCAUUGAGAUCCCUUUCCCAUUUCAAGCAAUUCCAAAACAAGGAAUUGAAUCUGCUGGUACCCAGGUUUUAGAACAAAUACUGAGGAUCAUGCUUCCUCGUUUCAUGGCCCAGCUGGUUAAGGAUUAUCAAGCUUGGGCCUCAGGCGACACUUCAAGGCAACCUCUUGGAACUGGUGAAAUUUGA